UAAUUUAUUAAUAAACAUGUAUUUAUAACAAAUAACUUAAACUAAAAUAAACAGGUACAAAACAAAUAAUUAAUAAUCGAUUUGAAUCCACGUUCGAAGCGUACCGUUGCGCGUCGCUGUUAUCGACCGCCCGUCCGGUGCCGCCAUCUAGCGAGUCGCACGCGAACGCCGCAUACAGUCCUCCGAAAUAGGUUUUUCGCGGAAAUUGCGACGAAUUCAGCGAACCCACCCCUCCGUGACGCGACUUUUUGGCCAUAGCGGGUUCGCGGAUGCGGCGCGUGAAUUGUGCGGACCACGUAACGGAGGAACGCACGACGAAUAAGUGCGGCGUCGGUUUGUGCGCGAUCGGUAACGUCACCUUUCCCGUUCUGACGGAGUGACGCCAAGCGAUUAGCCGUGGGGCGACUGUCGAUGGACGUGUAAAUACGUGUGCGUUGCACCCUUAAAAAUAAUAACGCGAUUUAUGUAUAAAGCCGUACUGUGAUUUAUCGACUAUGGACACAAGCGAAACUGUAAAAAGUAAACAGCCGCAGGAGUACAUCAAACAGGAGUUGGACAUUGAGGUGGAGGACUUCCAAAAAAUAUGCAGGACAUGUUUGUCCAGGGAUAAGCUGAAGGCAAUAUCUAAGGUGUCUCACAAGGAUGGGGUCCAGCUGACCGAACUGUUCAAACAUUAUUUAGAAGUAGAUACAACCAGCAACCCUCAAAUGCCGCAGAACAUAUGCAUGAAGUGCACGAAGGAGAUAUGGAAGUUCUUCGGUUUCAAGGAGCAAGUGCUGAAAUACGACCUGCUAUUCAGGCAGAUAAUAACGAAAAAGGACCAGGUCUUCCACGAGACGGACUUCGCGAACGACAAGAAGUUCGAGAUACUGCGCGACGACGACGACGACCUGCACGCCGACCUGGCCGCCGACUCGCCCGGCUCCUGCUCCGACGACGACGUCGUCAAACAGGAGGAGCCGAACGCGGACGAGACGAUCAAGAGCGAGACGAUAGAGACGUUCAAGCAGGAGGACGACUACUCGGACGAGGACGACAUACCGCUGAUACUGCGCUUCCCCAAGUCCGAGAACGGCAAGGAGGAGCAGGACGGGCCGCAGGACCGGGCCAGGGCCGCGCCCAAGACGAAGGUGUGCAAGUACUGUAGCAAGGAGGUGGUCGCGUCCAAGAUGUCGCAGCAUCUCAGGGUGCAUACGAAGGAGAAGCCGUUCGAGUGCAACGUGUGCCAGCAGAGCUUCAGUCUGGCGGGCAACUUGCGACGGCACAAGAUGAUCCACACCGGCGAAAGGCCGCACGUCUGUCAGAUCUGCGGGAAAGGACUGACCGGUGAGCGGGGCCUAAGAAGGCAUUUAAAACAGCACGAACAACCAAAGAAGCAGAAAAACACGUGCGACCAAUGCAAAAAGGUCUUCUACCGCAUCUCGGUCUAUAAGCAGCAUCUCGAGCAGCACAAGCAAAAAGACAAUGUGAAAGCCGAGAUGUACCCCUGCGCCACCUGCGGCAAGUCCCUAAAGACCAAGGAGUCGCUCAAAAGGCACGAACUGAUCCACGAGGAGAAGAUGUUCUUGUGCAGCCUGUGCGGCAAGUCGUUCUCGGUGAACGCCAGCCUGCAGAUACACCUGCAGCGCCACUCCGGGGAGAAACCGCACGAGUGUCACGUGUGCCAGCGCAGGUUCUCCAUCAAGCCGCUGCUUAAGCGCCACAUGCUGUGCCACGUCAACAACAAGAAGUACGAGUGCAAGGAGUGCGGCAAGCGGUUCAACUUCAAUCACAGCCUGAAGACGCACAUGGUCAUACACUCGGGACUGAAGAUGUUCGCCUGCGAGAUCUGCGGCAGGGCCUUCGCCGAGAAGGGCAACCUGACCAAGCACAAGGGCCUCCACUCGGGCGACAAGCGGUUCCCCUGCUCCAUUUGCGCCAAGACCUUCACCAGGAGCCGCGACAUGCGGAAGCACCAGAGAAAUGUACAUUCCAUUGACACCUUCACCAUUAUUGACGUCAAAACCGUCAACGAACAGGAAGAUUUUUUAGUAGUUAGUGCAUGCCCCCACUUGACUACUUGUCCAGUAGUACAGUUAAGUUUUGUUGUUCAAGGAUACGCGUCGGCCACGACCCUGCAAAGACACUCGCUGACCCACCGCGUACCGUACGACACGCCCACGAAAAGAGAGGAGUACGUGUGCAAAACGUGCGGCAAGUCGCUGAAGACGGCCGUGACGCUGAAGUCGCACGAGCUGACGCACGAGCACAAGGACUACUUGUGCAGCGAGUGCGGCAAGUCGUUCGCCAUGAAGUCCACCCUCUAUUACCACCUCAAGAGGCACACGCCCGUUAAGCCGCACGAAUGCCAGGUGUGCCACAAGCGGUUCUCCGUCAAAGACCUGCUGGCGAGGCACAUGCUCAUCCACGUGCCCAACAAGCGGUUCGACUGCAAGAUCUGCGGCAAGCGGUUCAACUUCAACCACAAGCUGAAGUACCACAUGGUCAUACAUUCGGGCGUGAGACGUUUCGAGUGCGAGAUAUGCGGCAGGAGGUUCACCGAGAAGGGCAACCUGACGAAGCACAUGGACGUGCACUCGGGCGAGAAGUACUUCCCGUGCGGCGUGUGCGGCAAGUCGUACUCCCGGGAGAGGGACAUGAGGAAGCAUCAGCGACUUAACCAUAAAAUAGGUAACUGGUUUUAUUUAUUUAAAGGGCUGUCGUCCGCGAGGAGUCUCCGAAGACACCAGAGGACGCACCAGGCGGACAAGAAACCGCGGCAGACCUGCGCCGUUUGCGCCAAGACUUUCUUGCGCCUCAAACUGUACAAUAAACACAUGCUGAGGCACCAAGAACUCAAGCCCGUUUACUCGUACUACUGUAAGACGUGCGGCAAAAACAUGAAGACUUUGGAGACGUUAAAGAAACACGAAACAAUACACGAGGAAAAGAAGUACCUGUGCAGCGAGUGCGGCAAAGCCUUCACCGUCAAGGCCAGCCUCCAGAUCCACCUCAAGAGGCACUCGGGCGAAAAGCCGCACCAGUGCCAGGUUUGUGCGAAGAACUUCUCGAUCAAGGAGCUGCUCAAGCGCCACAUGCUGUCGCACGUCCACAACAAGAGGUACGAGUGCCAGGACUGCGGCAAGAGGUUCAACUUCAGUCACAACAUGAAGAAGCACCGGGCCAUACACGCGGGCCUGAAGCCGUACUGUUGUGACUUGUGCGGCAGGCGGUUCACGGAGAAGGGCAACCUGACGAAGCACAAGGAGAUACACGCGGGGGUGCGGCACUUUCCUUGCCACGUUUGCGGCAAGAGCUUCACCCGGAGCAGGGACAUGAGGAAGCACGAACGAUUCACGGAAGUGGCCCUUCUGGAGGACCACUUGCUAACCCACGAGGAUUCGGAAGUGAUCACAAUAGAACUGGAGUCGAACGUCCAAACUUUGGAGGCGGCAAAACGUCAUAAGUGCCCUUGGUGCAACAACGCCUACAACUUAAAAGGCGACUUGACGGUGCACAUGAGGAAACACACGGGCGAAAGACCUUUCUCCUGCCCCACUUGCAACAUGACCUUCACCAAAAGCAGCACCCUAAACACCCACCAAAGGUACAUGCACAGCGAGAAGAAGUUCCCUUGCAAGGUUUGCGACAAGACUUUCGCCCGCCCGGACGGCUUGGAGUCGCACAUGUCGGUGCACGGUGGCGACGGCCCCCACGUCUGCCCGAUUUGCUCCAAACGUUUCAAGCAGCCGAGCCUGCUCGCAACCCACUUCAGGACGCACACAGGUGAAAGACCCUUUUCCUGCCAGUAUUGCGGCAAGCGUUUCUCGCUGAAGGGUGACCUGAACAUUCACGAAAGGUUGCACACCGGAGAACGCCCGUACAAGUGCCCGACCUGCAACAAAGCCUUCCCCAGCUCCGGAACUAUGAGCAGGCACGGUUGUCGUCGUACCCAACUAAAGCGACCGAGUGCAAGGAACUACUUUUGCCACGUCUGUGGUAAGAUGUUUUUGCUGAAGACCCAUCUGGACAACCACGUUAGGACGCACGGUGACGAACGGUACGAGUGUUCGUAUUGCGGCAAGGGGUUUUACACCAAAGGCAACUUGAACGUGCAUCUGAGGACGCACACGGGCGUCCGCCCCUACGCCUGCACGCACUGCCUUAAGACGUUCACCACUUCGAGCUCGUUGAAAAAGCACUUGAACCUUCAUCUCAGACCACAAACUGCAAGUACGAAAUCGACGAUUAAUGAAAAACACAAAAAGCUGAACGGUGAAGACAAACCCUACACGUGCAACGUAUGUGAUAAAGCUUUCACCACCCUUGGGAGUUUGAAGGUGCACUUGGGGUUGCACUAUGGGAAGGAAUUCGGAGAUGUAAAUGAGGAAAUGGCUGAUGAAAAUGCAGUCGAGUUUAGCGAGGACAAUAAAACAACUUGAAUUCAAUUUUGUAUGUUUAAAAAAAUACCAAUAAUAAUUGGAAC